AUGUACGUUCGAAGCGCAAGGAUCGGGCGCUUCCCUCACAUUUACGUUCGACGCACCCGCUUUCGCCGUCGCACUCCCUUCCGCGCGCCGGCACUCCCUUCCGCCCGUCGCACUCCCUUACGCCCAUCACCCUCCCUCCCGCCGUCGUCCUACCUUAUGCCCGUCGCCCUCCCUAGCGCCCGUCGCACUCCCUUCCGCCAUCGCCCUCCCUUCCGCCCGUCGCCAGUCGCCAUGCCUUCCGCCCGUCGCCCUCCCUUCCGCCCAUCGCCCUCUCUUCUGCCCGUCACCCUCCCUUCGUCUCGUCACCCUCCCUUCCUCCCAUUGCCCUCCCAACCACCCGUCGCCCUACCUUCCCCUCAUCGCACUCCUUUCCGCCCGUUGCCCCCCUUUGUCACGCCGCGCUCCCUGCUGCUCAUUGCCCUUCCGCUCUUCCCCUCGCAAUCCCCGUAUCUCUCUCCCCUCAUCGAUCAUCACUGUCGCCAUCCCUCCCUUCUCCCUUCCCAACUCCCCCUAUCCCCUUCCUUGCUUCCCCCCAUCCGCUUCCCUGCUUCCCCAUGUCCCCUUCCCUACUUCCCCCCAUCGCCUCCCCUACGUCCCAACAUCCCUUUCCCUGCUUCCCCCCAUCCCCUUCCCUGCUUCCCCCCAUCUCUUUCCCUGCUUUCCCCCAUCCCCUUCCCUGCUUUCCCAUGUCCCUUUCUCUGCUUCCCCCCAUCCCGUUCCCUUCUCUCCCCCAUCCCUUUACCUGCUUCCCCGUGUCCCCUUCCGUACUUCCCCGUGUCCCCUUUCCUGCUUCCCCGUGUCCCCUUCCCUACUUCCCCCCAUCCCAUUCCCUUCUUUCCCAUGUCCCUUUCCCUGCUUCCCCCCAUCCCCUUCCCUUCUUCCCCCCAUCCCUUUCCCUGCUUCCCCCCAUCCCCUUCCCUUCUCCCCCCCAUCCCUUUCCCUCCUUCCCCCCAUCCCCUUCCCUGCUUCCCCCCAUCCCUUCCCUUGCUUCCCCCGAUUCCCUUCUGUGCUUCCCCAUGUCCCUUUCCCUGCUUCCCCCCAUCCCCUUCCCUGCGUCCCCUCAUCCCUUUCCUUGCUUCCCCCAAUCUCCUUCCCUGCUUCCCCCCAUCCCCUUCUAUGCUUCCCCCUAUCCCCCCUGCUUGCCCCCAUCCCCUUCCCUGCUUCCCCUCAUCCCCUUCCCUUCUUGCCCCCAUCCCUUUACUUGCUUUCUGGUGUCCCCUUCGCUGCUUCCCCAUGUCCCCUUCCCUGCUUUCCCAUGUCCCCUUCCUUGCUUCCCCGUUUCCCCUGCCCUGCUUCCCCGUGUCCCCUUCCACAGCACUCACACGCACCACUUUGGGGAGCUGCGAGGAGGACGAGGAAGAGCAGCCACGCCUAGCGCUGGUGGCUUCCAUGGAGGGGCAUACAGAGGAAGAGGGGGCCGAGGCGGGAAGGUGGGCAAGGUGGGGAGCAAGGUGGGGACAUGGGCCCAUGCAGGGUAGCAGGGACGACGCCUCUCGUGCGGCAGAGGGUCAGGAGCAACAAGGGGCGUGGGUAGGAGGGGCAGCGGACGAGGAGGUUGAGUUACCAAAGGAGCGCGUAGUGCGCAUUCCAGCCUGCCGUCGCAUUGCCAUUCGUUGCCCGGAUGGCACUCGGCUGGAGUGUCGUUUCCGGGCCCAGGCACUCUCUCCAUGUGCUGUCCCAAUCCUUCAAAACAACCUGCUUGCCACCCAUCCCACGCCUCUGCACAGUCCUUCCUGCCAUGCUCAUUCCCUUGCUCUCCCACUCACUCCCUUGUUCUCCCACGCCCCACUCCCCAGUCCCCCAGAUGCUGGGAAGCAGAUCUACGACUGGACCCAUCCCGAGGUGAACCCCUCGGCGCAACCCUCGGCGCACCGCCACGCCGGUCACGGAGCAUCAGCAGCCCAUGGCACACUUCGGCGGGUUAUGCGAGAUAAGGCCCGCAGCUGGCAGAGCUGCGAGGCAGCCUUCUCUCGAGACUGCCUUCAACCUCCCCUGCUGCCCUAG